AAAUGGGAUGCCUUCUUCAGCUGCAAGCAUCCUAGCUGAGGCAGGAGAGAGUUGCAACAGUGGGACAAGGACAUGCUGAGGGUAUAAUAAUGGCCUGGUGAUAUUGACGGGUUGCUGAGAGAUGUUAGCAGCGGAAGACAUGCGCACUGUUUGGGGCUCGUCAGGCAGUCCAGCAGGAUGGAUGACUUCGUCUGAUCCUCCUACAGCCUCAGCUAGGUCAGAGGUAAGGUGUUGCUGUGCCUCUGCAAUGCUCUUGCGAGGCUUCAAUGGUGUUAUUACGGUGUUCCUGCAAGGCUCCCGGGAGGAUUGUAAGAUUGCCUGACGGGGCACU